UUUUUUCUUUUCCUUUCUUCCAACAUUUUCUCUCUCUGCCCCCAUCAGAACAACAACACAUCUCAGAUUUUUCUUCCUUCUCCGUUUUUCUCUUUGGAUUUUGCUUUUUCAGACCCAACAACCUCGUACUUGCUGUCGGUGGUUGUUAACUCCAUGGUAUCUGUUUCAUCUUGAAGCAUCUCCUGGUUAGGAUCGACUUAUACAAACACCUUGAUUUGGACCGGAAUAAGGGGAUGAUCAAACGAGACAAAAUGCAGAAAUUUAUUGGAAGGAAUCAACUAUGAUUCAAUAACAAGUUGUUUAUAAGAGGACAUUGUGCAAGCCAUUCUAUGUCUUUUGUUAAAAGCCCUUUGUACGGGCUUAAAAAUGAUGAGAUUCGGGGUCAAGCCUCUGAAAUCCUAGGCAGGCACAAUCUUGAGAAACACCUGGCUCAAAGCAAUUUCAAAAGCAAUGAUGCACUCAAUCAAGUUGAGGACCUAGAAACUAUGGAACUUUAUUCACGAGCCAGGAGGCAAGAAGAAGAGAUCCUCUCCCUUCGUGAACAGAUUGCGGCUUCCUGUAUGACGGAGUUGCAGCUUUUGAAUGAGAAAUGCAAACUAGAGAGAGAAUUUUCGGAAUUAAGAAUGGCAAUUGAUGACAAGCAAAAUGAAGCCAUCACAUCUGCCUCUAAUGAUCUGGCUCGAAGGAAAGGUUAUCUAGAAGAAAAUUUAAAACUUGCCCAUGAUUUGAAAGUUGCUGAGGACGAGAGAUAUGUCUUUAUGUCAUCUAUGCUUGGAUUGCUGGCAGAAUAUGGUCUGUGGCCUCGUGUUAUGAAUGCCUCAUCAGUAUCCAACUAUGUAAAGCAUUUACAUGAUCGAUUACAAUGGAGGAUUCGGAAUUCACAUGAUAGAAUUGGAGAGAUAACUUCUGGGCUAGAAAACCAUGCAGAUAAUGGUAAUCAUAUUGUUGAAAGUCCGGGUUCUGCACAUUUGACAAAUCACACUCAUAACGAAUUCAUGUUUCAGCAUAACUUUCCCCAGCAAAAUCCUAUUGACCAUGAACAACAUCAUCAACCAAUGAGCAAUAUGACAGGAUAUAUAAACCCAGAUGUAAACGGAGCAUUCAAAAGGGUCAGCUAUCAGGACAUUUCUCAUGCUGAUAGGGACCUAUCUUCUUUCCGACAUGGUUCUAUUGAUCAAAUCGGUGCACAUGAGAGAACUGGAGAAAGAACAUUUGUAAAUGGCAAUAGCAACAUGUAUCAACCUUCACAUGAGCAUGAUGAGACUGCUUCCUCUGUUUCUGAGGAUGGCCCUGGCAUUGAGAAUUUUCAAAUUUGUGGUGAUGCUAUUCCUGGAGAAAAACUUCUUGGAUGUGGAUAUCCAGUCCGUAGAACUUCUCUUUGUAUGUUUCAGUGGGUUCGGCAUCUUCAAGAUGGCACUAGGCAGUACAUUGAAGGAGCCACAAACCCAGAGUAUGUAGUUACAGCCGAUGAUGUUGAUAAAUUGAUAGCGGUUGAGUGUAUUCCAAUGGAUGAUAAAGGCCGUCAGGGGGAGAUAGUGAGACUUUUUGCUAAUGACCAAAACAAAAUAACAUGUGACCCAGAAAUGCAGCAUGAGAUUGAUACAUUCCUGUCUAAAGGAGAAGCAAUCUUCAGUGUUCUACUUCUGAUGGAUUCUUCUGAAAAUUGGGAACAAGCAACUCUAUUCUUAAGACGAUCUGGAUACCAAAUUAAGAUAAAUGGUACUGAAGCUCCAGUAGUUGCUGAGAAAUUCUCAAAGGACUUAUCGAUUAAAGUUCCGUGUGGUCUCUCAACACAAUUUGUGUUAACAUGUUCGGACGGAUCUUCUCAUCCUCUAAGCACAUUUAGUGUCCGAAUGCGAGACACGCUUGUGUUAACCAUGCGACUCUUCCAGAGUAAGGUAUUGGAUGACAAAAGGAAAGGAAGAGCAUGAAUGAACCUUCACUUUUCAUUUGGACAAAAUAAAAAAUACAAAACAGAUGAAGCAAAAAUUUUAGUAUCAUUUAAUUCUUGGCUGUUUUUGUUGUGGAAUAUUUGGAGUCUCACUUGUUUAUAAGCUCAGUUGUAAAAACAAUGUUAGUCUAUAGAGGCAAAGAAAAUGUGAGGUAAUAAUGUGUAACAUUUUUUCCUACCUGAAAUUAUAUUGUAACGUUUUAUUAAGAAAA